ACGCUCAGCAAGCUUAUUGCUCACGCCGACGCCAGGAUACCUAUUCUCAACCUAUUCUUCUAGUCGAUAGAGACAAGAGAGAUAUGUCUUCAAUCCCCACAAAGUCGAAAAAGGCCAAGGCGAAACCGCCUAAAAGUCGACCAGCUGCGACCUCUGCAACUUCCCAGCUUACGGUCGAAGAUACUCCUGCUCAGUUUACUCUAUCCUCCUUCUCUCCAAAAGGCGACCUCUUUGCUUUUGUCUCCCUCGCUGUCGACAAGCACCGACUACGGGUUUAUGAUCCUGCUACAAGCCAGUCGAUCGCAGAAUACACUAUUGACUCUGGUCGUGUUACUUCAUUAGACUGGACAACCUCUGACUCUUCAUCAGAAGGCGAGGAUGUCCACAGAAAAAAGCGGAAGCGGCGAAAGUCCCAGGCGGACGGUGCUGAAUCAUCCCUUCCACCACAAGGUGUAAUCCUCGGUCUCUCAAAUGGCCAGGUUCUUCUAUUUUCUCCAAGCCUCGCCAAGGUUGUCCGAACGCUUUCGCAUCCCACCAGCUCUUCAGCCAUUCAAUGUAUCUCCGCACCAUCUGAAGAUGGUUCAGAAGUUUGGACGUCUGGUGCCGACGGUGCAUUGCAUUUGUGGAAUUUGCACAGAAGCAAGCUAGUAUCGACUUGUAAAUCAGGCGAACGGAUACCGUAUUCAUCCAUUGCUCUCCGUCCCUCCCCCUCCUCAGAAGACGAUGACGAAACAGAACUCCUGGCUGCCAACCACGCUAUACAUCUACUCUCCGUCCCCGCCAGCUCGUCUGAUGCAACAAAACCACUUAAAACUGCUUCAUUCACCGGACAUGCUUCCGCUGUAAGGGACAUUUUGUGGGAUACACCAUCACGGUUCUUGUCAAUAGCGGAAGGAGACCGUUUUGUUUACCUUUGGGAUGUGCCGGAAUCCUGUGACUCAUUAAUCUCAGAAGGACGAGUUGUCGCCUCCCUUCCCCUUGAUUCGGACGUUCGGAUUAUCUCAUUAUCGCAUCCUUCAAGAUCGUCGACGUCAAAUUCUCAAACCCUCCUCGCAGUCUCGGCCUCAGGAAAAGUUUCGGUACUUCCCCUUGCGUCCGAGUUCGUGCCCAAUGCAAAAUCAAAACAAUCUGUGACAACAAUGGCACCCAAGUCAAAUAUUACUGUCUCGUCAAAAGGCGGCUCCAAUUCACCAAUCGUCGAUGCUACUUUCGUUCGAGAGCAGGAUGGCAAACUCAAAGUGGCGAGGUUAGCAGGAGGUGUCAAGCUCACCUUUGAAGUUGUGGAAUAUCUCGACGCAACUGGUGAUUUCAUCCACAAUGUUACUCUAUCAAGUGUGGACUCAGGCAUCGGGCUCGCUGCCUCUGCAGAUGGUAUCAAGGGAGCCCCAACGAAACGAUAUACAGAGUCAGACUCAGUGGAAGUUCGUUCCGGCAUGGAACUCGGCCAAGAUGCAUCGAUGGAUGACCUUCCAACGCGUACCAUCGACGGUGAACUCGACGCAACAUUGGCUGAACUAAGUCUCGGUCAACGUCUGACAGCCCUAACAGGUACAUCGGACGAGGCUGCUCUCCGUACUGCUUCUUCCGACGAUGAAGACGCUGCUGCACUUAAGGGACCAUCGUCGAAAGACAAGCAAGAUGAUAUUUCAUUGCCCACUGUGCCUGCGUCUUCACUUACACGAACGCUCAUUCAAGCACUGCAUUCUUCCGAUGCAGGGUUGCUUGAGACGUGUUUGGCACAUUCGAAUGCCACGCUCAUACAGAAUACUGUGAGGAGGCUACCGCCUCAGCUUGCUGUCCCGCUAGUGACUGCUUGCGUGGAGCGCUUAGGACGAGGAAAGCAGGUUGGACGAGGGAAGGGAGGAGGUGCUGGUGCUGGUGCACAACGAGGAACGGCUCUGGUACGAUGGAUCAGAGCUGUUCUUAUUGCUCACGGCGGACAUCUGUUGACGAUGCCGGACCUAGUUGCUCGUCUCUCUGGUCUGCAUCAAACGCUCAUGACGCGUCUCACCCUUCAAGAAAGCCUUCUGUCACUUAGUGGCCGUCUUGACAUGGUUAUCUCUCAAAUUGAGAUGCGAUCCUCAGCGGCACCCGCCCCUCUUCCCAUGCCGAAGAAAGGCAAGUCGAAGAAAUCCAAGGCGAAGAAGGCUCAUCAGGCCACUCGUCGGUACGUUGAGGGUGAGAGCACGGAAGAGGAGGAAGAAGGUGAAGGUGCAGAUGGUAUGGAUGUUGAAGUUGAGAGUGAUGAUGACGCUGGCAGUGUGGAGGAAGUUGAGCUCGGAGGUAGCAGUGAUGAAGAUGAAGAGUCUGCAGAAGAGUCUGGAGAGGAUAUUGAGGAGGGGGAUGAGGAGGAGGAUGAAGACGAAGACGAAGAUGAUGAGGAUAGUGAAGGCGGGGAGGGAUUAAAACUGAACGGCUUCAUUGACGACGAGGCGGACGAGUUCAGCGGAGAGGAUGAAGACGAGAGCGAGUAGAUAUUGUACUCGACGUCUCUACUAAUCUAUCGAGGGCCCGUUGGGAUUUUUGCUAUACGACAAAUUUAGACGUGCUCAUUUGCGUCAAUGGAAGCGCCCGCAUGAACCUGGUUGCCGAAGCGGGGAUCGACAGCUUGACCCACAACAUUAACCUCGUCUUUCAUUCUGAAGCAGUUCCCCACAACUGCAUCUCUACUCUCUCUUUCUUGAUUCCCUGUCCUUGAUUAAUGACCAUCAGCUAUCGUACAAAAUAACCCAUAAACUGUUCGCCGUGCCUUGACUUGAAUUUUGUGUUACAGCAACCUCGUAUGGGAAGACCGCUUGUCUCUC